AUGAAUAAAUCAUAUGGGAAACCUAUCUCACUAAACAACUCCUUAGCUUCCCCACACAACAAAAGCAUUUCUUCUAUUCCGUCAUUCCUUAUACGCUCUAAGCCAAAAUCAAAAACUCUCCGCAAAAAAGUGUCAAGAACCCAGUCUGAGGUUCAUUUUUGGAAUCCACCAAGCUCGCCAAAACAGCCCAUAAACAAUUCCACAGAAAAAGUCUCCACAACAAUUCUAUCGAAUUCUCAACUCGGUGAGCCUAGCCCUCAUAAUUUAUCUAAAGGCUUUGAGCUAUGCUACAAGCUCUUUCCAAAACCUUCAUUUCUUAUGCAUUCAGAAACAAAGAAAAAAACACUCAAAAUUAAUUGCGAAUUCAGCAAUAAUGAGGUUGAGAGGUCUAUUCAGACUCUGAACCAUAAAAGACAUUCUACUAUUACAAGAAAAGCUUUGGGGAACUUAGUGCCUGAGCCAGAGCCAACUCCAGUAACUCCAAUUGCGCUUAAGAAAAGAAAACACCCAAUCAGUUUUUCUAAAAUGGUAGAAAAUACAGAAAAGAAUUGGAAAUCUGAUAUAGAAAAAAUCCUUGAAAGUCUACAGAGCAGGAAAUUAAGAGGAAUUUAUUUUUACGAUAAAAUUAUAGUUAAAUCCUAUAAUUAAUUUUUUAAAAAAAUAAAUAUUUUAAACAGAUAAUACUUAUUUAAUAAGUAUAUAAAUAAAUGUAAAGUUAAAUAA